GAUUCCGUCGCCCCAUGCGCUGGGGUGCCGCUCACUCGGUGCCUGGACUUUUUGACUAAAGUCCCCCGUACAAUUUCCUUUGCUUAUCCCACCUACUCCGGCAUAAUCCUCACCCCUACUCCAGCACUCCCCCCUCACAAUGCGCCUCCUCCACCAAGCCCUAACGGUGUUCCUCGCCGCUCUCCUUCUCGACACCGCCGCCGCCGUCGACUGUCGCCCUGGCGCCACCCGCCCCGAUCGCUUCGACUGCCACGCCUACCACCGAUGCGACGCGGGAGAGUUUGCGUACAGCGUGUACACGGGCACCUGUGAGCCGGAGUGGCGGUCGCCGGGGUGUCACCAGGGGGUGACCCCGGAGAUUCACUGA